AUGGCUAUUCCUCCCCCAACCAACCAAUCACCUUCUAAACCGAAUGGAUCCAUAGAAGAAGACCGGCCUGUUUCUCAUCAGCCACCAAUACAAUCACCAUUUAAAAUGUUGUGUUUAAGCUUGAUUCAUAACUUUACACAGCUGUGUCUUGGUGGUGUCGUAAUAAGUGCAUUAAUCAUACCACUUUCUAUUCCUAUUAUUAGUGCGUUAAUGCAACAUACUGUUUUAUGUACUGUUGGGUAUUUCAUUUUAAUGGCACAAGGGAUCUUAGCAUACAGUCCUGUCGGCUGGGCGAACUACUUGACAAACGAUAAUAAUAAAAUCAUACACAGCACAAUGCAAAUAUGUGGCUCCAUAUUGGCAAUCUCUGGUAGUGCUGUAAUAAUAGCUCAUACAAACUUAAGACUCAACACUUCCCAUGGAAUAUGUGGUCUGGUCGCGACGCUACUCACUGCAAUUAAUCUACUAGCUGGGAUAUUUAAUAUGUUCUUUAAUCGAACAAGAAAACUCAGACUGCUGAGGUGUUUACAUAUGUGUCUCGGAGCCCUAACAAUUUUCAUGGCUUUUAUCGCUUUAAUAUUAGCCUUUGACUUGUAUUAUAGAAAUGUAAAUGGGGAUACCAUUGCAAACUUAGCUAUAGCAUUUUCAGUUUUUGCUUUAUUUGGAAUAUUACUAAUUGCCUUGCUUAAUAAAAGGGUCGGGCAACCAUAG